GUUUCUUGGAGGUCAAAUGAUGGAGGUACUUUAGUGUUUGAUGCUAUAUUAUAUUUAAACGACGAGUCACUGAUUAAAUGACCACCAGAGAUCGAAUGCACAUGCGUAAACUGUUGUACACCGUCGCGUAUUUAUCGUAGACCCAGACAUAAUUAAACAUAUUUACUGCGUAUCAGGGUAUCGCGUACCGUCUAUGAUAUUGAUUUAUGAGCUAAACUGAUUCUUGUGUCAAUAUCACGGUUGAGCGCUCGAGCGUGUUAAGUUUGUAUAGUUAAAUCAUUAAUUACGGUAAUUACGAAUAACAUAACAAUCAAAUAUCACGAAUACUGCACGACUGCACAAGACAAAGAAAACGGGAUUUAGACCUUUGGAUUCAAUAAUUGCCGGAAUCUGUCCACCACCAUGAGUCAAGCAAUAGAACAACUCGAACAGCAGCAGUCCAAAUUGGAAAAGGACAAUAAAAGGUUAAACGACACCAAUGAUAUGUUGCUUGAAAUUACCAAGAAACAGCGAUUGAUGGUAGGAACUUCGGAUCAAUCAAAAGGUACUACAUCUGCAGAAGAUAUUACAAACAAAUACCGUGUAUCACUUUACAAGAAACUUGCCGAUCUUGAAAAACAGCUUUUGCAAAAUCGAACAGUAUUCACAGAUGACUUCAAUUUUGAUGAAAAGGAUGCUAAGCAAAUGUUUAAGCUGAAAGUCCAAAUUCAUUCAUUACUAGAGGAAAACAAAUCAUUGAAAGACCAGCUUUCAGAUUUCCAGAAUUUGCAUGAUCAGGUUAUGGCUGAAAUCCGAUCAAAGAACUCAAAGAAUGCCAAUAGUCAAACUUCUAAUACUCAACAACAAGGAAAUAGUGCAAUAUCCGUCUCUCCUACUACCACUACUGCUUCACUGGACAAUGAUGAUUUGCAACCACUUCAGGUAAACGUUAUCGACAGUGAUGUAGAAAAAUUGAAGGAAAAGUAAUGGAAGAAGUGUUCAAAAUAUGAUAAGAAUAGUUUUAUGUUAAGUUAUGUAUUCCUUUUCUUUUUAGUCAUUAGAAUGCUUCUAAAAACAAAAUGUAUUCAUUAGAGUUAGUUACAAAUAAUUAAUCAAAUAACAAAUUGUUUUUAUUAAAAUGACUUAUUCAUCUACAUUGAUUAUUUUCACAAAAACUUCAUUUUGAUUUUGUUCAUCCAUAAGUUGUAAGAUAAAUACUUACUUAAUUUAAUUAGUCGAGUUGACUCUUAGUACCUAGGCAAAUAAGUUGUAUCCUUUUUUUAAGUUUUUUUUUUACCAUCAAUGUUUGAAUAUAUUAAAUUAAUUUUUAAUAACUAUUUGUAUCAAUCAAACAUUAAAUUUGUUUAUGUAUGAAAAAAUUCAUAAUAUUUAAUAUAAUUAAGUCAUAUGAAAUCAUCAAUAUUAUUUAUCUUAUAAUACGAAGGGGACUGUGCAUUAUCAGGCUUUGUUCAAAACCUUUCAAGAAAUAAAACUAUUGUAUUUAUAGUUAGACUUGAUUAAGUUAAAAAUAUUUCGACAUAUGAGACCAUAAAAAAAAAAUUUAGUAUUCACUAAUUUAAUUUUUAUAAUUUCUUCUAAAUGUGAGCUAAUAGUCUCAUAAUUUUUGGAGUUAAAUUGUUUUUGUCCAACAUUUUGUAAUUGUUAACACUGUUUUUUUUUUUAAUUAAAAAAAAUAAUUAAUUGUUCAAGUUUAACAUAAAUGUUUUUUACUUAAAAUUAAAUCCAACACUCUCCAGAUGAAAAACUAAACUAUAGAUUUAAUAUUAUACUAGUUUAAACUACUCUUAAGUCUUAUUAUAUUUCUAUAAAAAAAAAAAAAAUAGUUUAGGUACCUAUAAGACAAAUAAUAAUACAGUUUUUGAAGGUUGAAAAUUGAUAGUACAGAAAAAGUAGUGGAUGCAGUUUUGAGAGUAGACAACAUUUGUGGCAUAUUAAACAAGAUAGAUAACUCAGUUCCCACAGUUUUGCACAGUCCCCUUUAGUUUUUGAAUAGAUAUAAUUUUUUUUAUUACUCUUACAUUUUAAGUUAUGUUUCAUCAUAAGAUCAAAGUUGUGAACAUUGUAAUACUUAAAAUAAAUUUUUGAUUUAUACGCUUAUA